AUGGUUUCCACGCAAGACCCCCCAGUCCAAGGCCUCGGCGACGACACCGAUCAGGAGGAGCUAGACGAAACCAAGAAGAAUAACCUUGUCAAGCACAUUAUUUGCUGCAACUCCCCUGAAGACGUUGAUCCGGCCAUCAAAUUCGCCCAGGAGCAGGGAGGAAAGUUCCCCAAGAAACGCCCCAUCAUCACCGGAUUCACGAUCAAGUUCCCAAAAGACAACAUUUCCACGAUGUCUGAUAGCAAGCAUGUCGCGUCAGCCGAAAUAGACCAGGAUCCGAGGCAUUGGCGUUCAAUUCAGGUUCGACUCACCGCCCGAGCACCAUGGACAUCAGCCGUCAUCGCAGAAGCAACAACAACGACAACGCUCAAUGCCGCUCCCAUGAAUCUCCUUUGGCGCCCAUUGCGGUUGCGGUGUCGUAAUGCGAAAGGGCAUUAUCUUUGCCAAUUACGGCCUUUGGCCUCAUAUUCCUACUCAACCUCUGCGCGACGUCCCUCGCCUCCCACCCCACGAUGGUCACACCCGCCCAGUUCCACCGUCAUCUCUGACGAAGAUGUUGCCAGUCUCGCAAGCAAGCCGUUGCAUACCCUUAGCUUAGCUGAUCUUGUCAAACAUGGACGCCCACCUCUCUCCACAGACGCAUUGCUGUCAUCAGCCAACUUCACCCUGUCCCUCCUCCCAAUCCGCCUAGCACAUCGUAUCCAAGCCCUACGAAACCUUCCUUAUAUAGUCGUAUCCAAUCCGAAUAUCUCCAAGAUCUACAACAAUUACCUCCACUCCCUAUCGACCCUAUUGCCGUACAACUCUAAAACCAUAUCGAACCUAGAAGACGAGAUACGCUUUACAGAUGUGCUGGCUGAUCUAGUAGAGACCCAUUCUCAUACCAUUCCCACUCUGGCUCGCGGCUUUCUAGAGUGCAGAAAGUAUAUCAGCCCAGCUGAGGUGACGCGGUUCCUGGACGAGCAUCUCCGUGCGAGGAUUGGUACCAGGCUAAUCGCCGAGCAACAUAUUGCAUUGCAUCUCUCAUCGCAACCUCAUCAGCAUCAAAGCCACACCAAGCUCCAAACCACCGAUCAUCCCUCCUCUUACAUUGGUGUCAUUGACACGGCGCUCCAACCGGCCACAAUUAUAAACUCUUGCGGCAACUUCGUUUCGGAAAUCUGCGAACUCAAAUAUGGCGUACGGCCAACUUGGAUUAUUGACGGGGAGCCAGCCACGACAUUUGCAUAUGUUCCUGUACAUCUGGAAUACAUAAUCACUGAAUUAUUAAAAAACACCUUCCGAGCAACAGUUGAGUCUGGUCGGUCUCACGAGCCUGUGAUCAUUACCAUCGCAGCGGACCCGGAAACUCCACGAGGGAUGCACAAUGCAUUUGAUCAGGAACGGAAACUGGGUGAUAGCCCCUUGAACCACGAAACCCGUUAUAAUCCAUCUAUCAAGCCUUUUGACGACCCAGCACCUGGUGUUACUAUUCGUAUCCGUGACCGAGGCGGGGGGAUUAAUCCAGAGGUGCUGCCUAACAUCUGGUCUUACUCCUUCACCACUUUUUCAGAGGACGAUGAACUCCCUCCACAAGGCAAUGGCAACAUAGAUGCUCUUAACGCAAUCUCAGGGUCAGGAGCAGGGGGAAGUUCUAUUGCGGGGCUAGGAUAUGGCCUCCCGCUAGGGAGAGCGUAUGCAGAAUACUUUGGUGGUGGGAUCGCCGUCCAAAGUUUAUACGGAUGGGGCUGUGAUGUCUACUUGAGGCUGAAGGGACUUGGCAGACCGAAGGGCUGA